UGUAUGUUUGUUCCUGAAACACUUACUAUUUAAUAAUCUCCUCACCAUCAAUUUUAAACAAUUGAUCAAUCGUAAUAACAAAUUAACCAAUUUGAGACAAUAUAAUUUGGCUAAAUGAAGAAAUCAGCAAAAAUAGUUCCAGAGCUCAAGAUGAGGAAAAUAUAUUUAUUGAAGGUUUGAGAUAUUGAAAUAAUUAGGAUAAAUUAAGAAAUAAGCAUGUUUGGAUAGAAAUAUAAAUAAAUGAAUAUCGAUAAUAAGAUUCAAUUAUACCUGAUGAAACUAGUAAGAAAUUCUAUAUAUAAAAUAUAAGAAUUCUGUAGAAUUUGUCUUUGUGAUGAUGGUAAUUCUACUUUAAUAAGACCAUGUAAUUGUAAAGGUUCCCUUAGAUUUAUACAUGAGAAUUGUCUUAAAGUUUGGAUAUUAGAAAAGUAAGGUGUAGAGUAGGUAUAUAAAAAUGAGGUAAGAUUAUUUGUUAUAUCAAAAGAUAGAUUGUGAAGUUUGUCAUACAAAAUUUUAAAUGGAAACUAAAUUUUUAAAUAAAAAAUAAUUGAGAAUGUUAUAGAAAGCACCAAAAGCUAGAAUUUGUUGUUGGGGAAUUGAAAUAAUUGUGACUUUAGGAAUAAUUGGAACAAUAAUUGCAUUGAUAUUUUAGAUAAUUGUAAGAUUAGAAUAUUUAAUUAAUAGAAUGGUAAUUUAGAACCCUUAUUAUUGGCAGGCACAACCGUGCUCUUUAUUAUAAUGUUAUUAGUUAUCUCAUUGGUGUAUGUUAGUUGUAUUGAUCAAGUUACAGUUGAAGUUCUUGAUCCUUGGAGAAUCCUAGAUGUACAAGGUGAAAGUGAAUCAAAGUCAAUUUCUAUAAUUGAAUUAGAUAACCAAAACAAACAGACUAUUUAGACUAUAAAUCAUAAUGAGGAAAGAAAUGAUAUGCGAUAUUCAACUAUUAAUGUAGUUUAGAUAUAGAGUUGA